AUGGCGACGUAUUCCCAGUUUGACUACAUUUUCGCUAUCGGUAUAAUCUUUGCCUUUUUGGAUGCUUUCGGUAUUGGCGCCAACGAUGUGGCUAAUUCGUUCUCAUCGUCCAUCUCGUCGAGAUCUUUAAAAUACUGGCAAGCCAUGAUUUUGGCCGCCAUCAUGGAGUUCCUUGGUGCUGUUUUGGUUGGAAACAGAGUUUCUGACACUGUCCGUAAAAAGAUUAUCAAGACCGACACUUUUGAAGACGAUCCCGCCGUGCUUAUGUUGGCCAUGGCCAUGGCUUUGGUUGGUUCUUCCAUUUGGCUUUUAACUGCCACUGUCAUUGGCAUGCCUGUUUCCACGACCCACUCCAUUAUUGGUGCUGUAAUUGGUGUUGGAAUUGCGUCUAAAGGUGCCGAUUAUGUGAUCUGGGGCUGGAGUGGUUUCGGCCAGAUUGUGGCCUCGUGGUUUAUUGCGCCUGGUAUCGCAGGAGGCUUUGCUUCGCUCAUGUUUCUUUUUUGCAAGUACUUCAUCUUGGAAGUCAAGGACACGCGAAAGGGAAUCAAGAACGCUUUGGCCUUUAUGCCCGUUUUGGUGUUCAUAACAUUUGCCGUGUUGACCAUGUUGAUUGUUUGGAAGGGCUCGCCUAAAUUGAACUUGGAUGACUUGUCUACCGGUGCCACCGUGGGUUCUAUUUUUGGUGUUGGAGCCGUGGCCCUGACUCUUUACAUGAUCUUCAUUUUCCCUGUCGUCAGAAGAAAAGUCUUGUACAACGACUGGACGCUCAACUGGUACGAUGUUUUCAGAGGCCCUGUGUUUUUCUUCAAGCCUCUCGACCAAAUCCCGCCUAUUCCCGAGGACCAAAAAUUGACCAUUGAUUACUACGAGGGCCGCCGUGUGGACGACCACUUGGAGAUCGACGAGAAGGAACACCACCUUGAGUCCAAGAAAUCGAUCAGUUCCACCGACCACGAGGAUACCUUGAAGCAAGGCAAGGACCAAAGCACUGCUGCAUACUGGAAAGUGCUUCUUAUGAAAGGCCCCAAACAAUGGCCUCAUCUUCUCUGGUUGAUGGUUUCUCACGGCUUCACUCAAGACAUCAUUUCUAAGCAGGUUACGCAGGAGGGUACCUUAGGCCGCAAUGUCAAGGAAAUGCACGCUAAGUCCAAGUUCUACGACAAUAGAAUCGAGUAUCUCUUCUCCUUGCUUCAGGCCAUCACUGCAUGCACCAUGUCGUUCGCUCACGGUGCCAACGACAUUGCCAAUGCCUCGGGUCCUUUGGCUACUGUAUAUCUUAUCUGGUCCGACCAAGGAUUGAGCGCAACUGCUCCUAUUUGGAUUCUUUGCUUCACCGGUGGCUCGCUUAUUUUGGGUGUGUGGACUUUUGGCUACAGAAUCAUGGCUGUUUUGGGUAACAAGAUGAUUUUGCAGUCGCCUUCUAGAGGCUUUGCCAUCGAAUUUGGCACAGCCAUCACAGUGGUGAUGGCCACGCAAUUGGCCAUCCCCGUUUCCACCACUCAGUGUGCUAUUGGUGCCACUGUUUUUGUUGGAAUCUGUAACUUGGACUUCAAGUCCGUCAACUGGAGAAUGGUCACGUGGUGCUACCUUGGCUGGUUCAUUACUUUGCCCGUGGCUGGUAUCAUUUCGGGUGUUCUCACUGGCAUCAUCCUCAAUGCUCCACGCUUGGGAGUCACUUAUGUCCCUACCUAG